AUGCUGCGUGCGUGCUUUGUUGCGACUUCUGGUACUCGGACAACCCAACUGGCGGCGGACUUGUUCCUGGGCUCUCUGUACGAAAGCUCCCGUCUGACCGCUUGCCUUGUCACGCUACCUUCGGGACACAAUGAUGCACCGGCCACAUCCUGGGACCAGCUCAAGACGGUGUUUCGCGAUAAUGUGACCGUUGCGUGCACCGCGUCUGGUUCACUGCUGGUGAUCGAAUCCGGUUGUCCCCGGUAUCGGUGCCAGCUGCCUUCGGUGGAUGUUGCACGGCUGCAAGGGAGCUUCUUUUGCGGCAGCCUGGACUACAUGCUCGUCUGGUUCCGCUCCGGUGGUGGAGCAGUGAUUUCCCAGGAUGCGAGUGGCCGGUUUCAGUUGGGUGACUGCAUCGAACCUGGCCCCGAGAUUUCCUGUGGGGACCUGUUGGGCGUAGGCAGCGAGCAGGUUGUAGCCUGGGAGCCAGCGAGUGGCCGUAUCUGCUGCCUGCAGCCGAGCCAGUUUGCAGUGCAAGGCGAAGGAGAGGAGGAAGCCACCGCAGCCAGUGGCCAGGCCUCGCAGGUCCUGGUCGAUCUACUGCAGCACUACUCGGGCGCCAGCCAGGCAGCUCUUGAAAAGCUCAGAAGAGCACGGGAGCAGGCAGAAGCACUCUUGCAUGAGACCACUCGGCCGUCGUUGGCCGCUGACAGCAGCCCUAUCAGAAAUACAGCACUGCUCCCUGUGCUUCCAUUAGAGCAGCAUCCAGCGGAAGUGGAACAAGCCACACAAGUGCCAGAAGAAGCCAAACUGCUGGACUCCUGGGCUCACGUCUGGGGUCGUCGUCUGCUCCUGGGAUUCCGCUUCAGCCGACCACCUAGCAUGGAGCAUCAGCCACCUGCUGUGCUCGUAGCGAGUCCGGGAGUCACGUUCGGCGUCAGGACAUCACUCGAGGAGGAUGCGCUGGUGGUCGGCGCCAGCUGCUGCCUUCCUAGUGGUGCUGCUGGCCCCAUGACGGUCUGCGUCCUGGGAGGCUCCGUGCUGAGGCACCAGUGCAAAAUAGACGUGCAGCAGUUGCCCUGGUCCAAACAGAGCCGGGUACCAUCGCGGCUCGCCCUCUGGUCGCUCACCGCGGCGCAGCCUAGCCGCCAUUUUUCCACCUCAACCGCAGUAUUCUGGAGGCUGUCAUCCCUGGAUGGCUUGACGCGGCUGUACAGCACUUUGUACGUCUGCUGCGACGGAGCCUCGCCCCUCUUUCAGGCAAAUGUGGAGCUGCUACCCGAAGGAGGGCUCUGCCUUCGUGCACAGGACGAGGAUCAGCUCUCAUUGUUUGAGCAGUGGCUGUGGCGGCAGUUGCCGGGCGCCAAAGAGGGCAUGACGCGGGUGUGCUCGCCGGCUGUGCAAACGCGGCUGGCUACCCUGCUUCGUUCCGAGGUGCAGAGAGCGCGGGCACUGCUGCACGAACCAUACGCGGAAGCCCGUCGCUCACUUCAGGACACCGAGUGGCGCACGGACUUCCUGGCACAGCUGGUCACAGACGAAACGUGACGCCUUCUGGUUCACAGUUUUGGAGCCAGCUUUUGAGCUUUCAACAGCGCUACGUGUCACGCAAACGUCCAUGCUCCAGCUCGGCAGAGAUCAGCGGUACUCGGUGACAAACCUAUGAAAUCGGUACAAACUCCACCCACAAAGCUGUACUGCAACCGCCCUCUGUGCCUCUACACUCCAAAGCAUAUAGUUGCUGGCAGACACUGAUAUUAAAACAGCUUCGCCUGCACAGUGACAUCACAUAAAUGAGUGAACGUGAUUGGCUGGAACAUUUAUAUGAAGUAUCCUCAAGUUAAAUAGCAGUGGUUUUUCGCUGCAUAAGGUCUUAGGCUGUCACCAACUGUAGCACUCGGAAAUGGUAUGCGUAUGCACCCAUAAUUGCAUGCAUGUAUAUAACCCGCAUCAAUAAUGUAAGAACAAAGUUGAUGUGCGAAUUAUAUGUGAUAUUUUGCCCAUAUUGUAAAGCAAUGCACUUUGCAGUGCCUUGAGGUUAUAGCUAGGAAUAUUUAGGUAUGCUACAAUUUUAUGAGGACAGCGUGAAGUGCUGAAGUGAGCCCUCAUUAUCCUUCCACGUGGUGAAGUGUCACAUUGGGCUUGCAUGUUAAGCCGCCAAGUUGAGAGAAAAGGCAAAGCACUUCUCUCAGAUGGAUGGAUGGUAGGACUAGACCCACAGAAACCUGGUGGCGCCAAAGCCGAGCUUAUUCUGGUGGGUAAACUUAACACUAUCAAGAACAGCCCACCAUAAAAUUGGUAUUUUGCCACAUGGUACACUAAAAUGUCCACAACAACCACACCACACCCUUUGGUUUACCAUCAGCAGCAUUACAAUUGCUAGUGCAAUGCUACAGUUGUUCAAGCUUCUUCAGAAUCAUGUGUGCCACAUCGAUUUCUCUACAACUUGGCACAGGUUCGUUGAAGUUUAAUCUUUGAAGUUGAAUCGUGUUGCAUUCUAGCCUCAUUUUUUUAGAGCGGUUAAGUGUUAUUUGUUCGCAAAUAGUGUACCAUAUUUACUCGUAUAAUGAACGCACCCUCACUUUUCCAAUCAAGACGUGUUUUUUUUUUUCCCUCGCAUAAUGAUCGCACCCUGAACUUUCUGCCGGAAAGUAGUAGAGACACAAUACGAUUCGGCGUUUGAUAGGGCGUUCAGCGGGUAUGAUUGUAUCAGACGCCUGAAUGAUACCGUGUGUCUCCUACUUUUAUUGCAAUAGCAAUUAUGGACACUCCAGGCGCAUUUUUGCCAUCGGAACCGACGAUCGCGGCUCAAUCUCCCGCAUUUGCAAGGGAGGAAAGCCGGGAGGAAAUGCACCGUAUUGCAUUGCACACAUGGUGCCGGGGGAGGGGAGGCAGGGUGGGGCGGCACAGCAACUGCGCGUUGCGCGGCCGCACGCACCCUAUUUUGAAAGCAAUCUGCAUCAGGGGCUGAGUCUAGGUGCGACGGCGGCUUGUACCUUUGUGUGUGCUCCGUCCUCGCCGGUCAUUUUUAGGUUGAAGCGAUACACAGCACAAAGGUCACUUCGCUCACUGUUGCUGCCGCGCUUCCUCAUGUCAGCGUUUUGACAGCGAGUGUCCGUGGUCAUCGAGUGUGAUGUGUUCAUGUUUGCCUGUGUGUGCUGACACCAUGCUGGUUAAUUUACAUACGCUAGCGAAUGUUCGAAAGUUUAUACGGCCAGUAAAACUACUUUCCUUAGUUCAUAUAGCUGUCUACACAUUUACUGUCGCAAUCGAUGGUUCGCCUUUCGGGCGAAACUGCAACUUUUUUAGAGGUGGCCGGGAAAAAGAUUUGUUCAAAAUUUUACCUCGCCUAAUAAACGAACCUUCCAACUUUGUGCUUGCUUAUAUUUUGAGAAAUAAAGUAUGUUCAUUAUCCAAGUGAUUACGGUAUAUUGUCAUGCAAUUCCCACCAAAAAAGCGUUGACAUUUUGCAAUAUGUGUAUUGCAAUACGUAGACAAUCUCUAGGCUCGCUCAUUCACCAUCAACUAUAGGUGAUGUCCAAAACAUGACGUCUUAUGAUGUGUUUCUGCUAUAGGUGCGCGCACUUAGCGAAAGCAUAGCCUUCAAGAUAUGUUUCACUUACUCAAAGGCAACCAUUGCUGGGGCGUGGAUUUUGCCACCACCUAUUUUUUUAUAUUCUAAUAAAUUGCUUAUGUUUACGGUGUUCUGAAAACAUUUGAAUGGCAAGUGGAUAGGUGAGGCUCAUCAUUUCCGUACAACAAACUUUCAAUGACGAAUCGGCUUCUCAAGAAGCCUAAUUUUAAAAACAGAGGCUUUUUUGAAGCCAGAAAGACAGUGUAUACAAAAUCCGUGUCCUGCACGUCAUUCACACAUUGCCUUGGCAACUAUACUGGCUGCAGAUACGAACUCUAAUGCCAUGCUUCCCCAUAACAUUCGAAGCAUAAUGAGCAGCACAUCCAUCACUGCUGCCGCUUUUGCACAUGCUUGAAAACAUCUACUCAUUGCAGCAGUAAGUUGGAAUCCCCUCUCUGUCUAGCAUGUUCUCAUUAAGGAAUCCCUCGGCUAUCUGGCCUGCUCCAAGUGUUGCUCACAAAUGCAAUAAAUGCUUUUUGAAUAUACACAUCGUCCCUUGUAUCCUUGAUCACGAACCUGAGCACAGUUGUCGAGCAAGUUUAUGUCAGCUGCGGAGCGAGGAAUGCCAUGUGACGUCUCCUUUGAAGCUCUUCUGAAAUGCACAACUUGCGCACCGUAUGUUUUCACAUUACCGACACAAUUUCUCUUUGAUUGCUAAACAAACGUAAGGUAGACAUGUUCUUAAACUUUCAACUUUAACUCGGUAAUGCCCGACAUAUUAUAUACGCUACGCUGCGUUUACUGUCUCAAAAUUCCGAUUUAAGCAUGGCAAACUUAACGCAUAGCCUAUAGUAGUGUUUUCGAUUAUGCUAGAGCAAGUUCACCAGUUGUUGAUAUUUCCAGCAAACCAAUGA